AUGAUGGGAAUCGUAGUAGGGACGCGUCUGGGCGCUCGGAGAGGACUCGAGAGCCUCGGGGCCAAGCGCGAAGUUCUGCGAGGAGCAAAGCCCGGAGCCAUCUGGGAAGUGUAGUCCGGCUCGCGGAGCCGACGAUCCCGGGUGGGCGCCGAGGUUCCGGGGAGGAGUUGAGCAAGAUCGAGAAGAGACGGUAUUGUGCCCUUUGACCCUGUAGGUGGUGCAGAAGAAGUGCUUAGUGAAUGACCUGUCCAUUCAGGAAAGACAAGCCUGAGAACCCUGUGAAUUGCUAGUAGUUCACUGGAUCUAGCCUUUAGGGGUGAUUUCAGUAUGCUGCGACGGAAACCAACACGCCUGGAGCUGAAGCUUGAUGAUAUUGAGGAGUUCGAGAGCAUUCGAAAGGAUCUGGAGACCCGUAAGAAACAAAAAGAAGAUGUGGAAGUUGUAGGAGGCAGCGAUGGGGAAGGUGCUGUGGGUCUUGGCAACGACCCCAAGAGUCGGGAGCAAAUGAUUCAUGAUCGAAUUGGUUACAAACCCCAACCCAAGCCCAACAGUCGUUCAUCUCAAUUUGGAAGUUUUGAAUUUUAGAGGUGGAUGACCUUGAGUGCCAGAGUCCUGGAAUGGAUAGAAUGAAGUACAAACAAGAUUUAGAGAACUGGGUGCUUAUAGUUAAGCAGACUGUUUUACCUCCUGCAUAGAAAUACUUCUGCAUGAGAUUACUGAAGCUUAACUUUCAUCCUAAGCUGAAAUCCAAACUCUUGGUUUGUUUCUGGAAAAUUUGACUCUAUAAAACUUGGCUGAUUUUUGUUUUUAAAAAUAAA